AUGACAUCGUUCACAAGAAUCGUCUCAUGGGCGAAACGAAGAUGGUGCAGCUGUCAGCCGUCAACUUUCACUCUGAUGUCAAAUCGUUCCAACACUCGCAUUGCGUUCUCGAAAGUAGCUCUACGUAUUUUGGAUUCAAGUUGUGAAUUGUUCGGGUUCAAAGAGCAUGUACAUUACCACACUCGAGUUGGCAAAUACAGCGACUCCGCCAACAGCUCUGACGCCGGAUAUUCAUGA